ACUAGUAAAAUGGCGCCACCGUUACCCAAAUUACCUCAAACAAGGUGUAAAAAAUAUGAAAAAUUAGCCAAAUUAUAUAAAGACAACUCACAAAGUGAAAAAAAAAGGUCUAUUCGAGAUGCAUCCGAUGGGAGAAACUUGAAUUUUAGCAUCAAAGAAACUAUUAUUGAAGAAGAGAAUGAAGUCUUCUGUGACGUUUCGUUUCCCCCCAGAACCGCUUCAAACUGUUCUCCCUAUCCGGGUACAAAGAUUAGGCGAACAAAGACAAAUUUUGGGAAAAAAACCCAACAAACAGAUUCAUUGGAAUUGAAUGGAAGCGAAACUGAUAGUUGUUCAGUUAAUCAAAGAGAUCUUUCUCUUGGAGCGGAAGCAGGUGAAUUUUUUACGAGAAGUUCAAAGGAAGGAACACUUGAAAGCCUAAAGAGAUUCCCAAGCGUAUCAUCUGCUGAUCCAACACCCAGAAGUAGCCUAAUACUCCCAACCUCAGGUAGUGUUCCAUUAUUAGAAAGUAGUGUGAAAGAGCCUCACCAUGCAACUUUACCUACUAUACGCUUUACAAAUUGUGACUUUUUGAUUUCUCUCACUGGAAUACUCUUUUACUUCUUUGAUGUUGCAAGUGACGUUUUUGUAGCCGUAUUGUAUUUUAUGAACGGAAAGAUUUGGUGGUUUGUUCUGACAGUAAUCUUUAUCGUUGGGCCUUCCUUAGUGUCCUCAGCUUUUUCAUUGUAUUGGUAUUAUGUUGACUAUAAAAAGUUAAUGAUCUGUGGAGAUGAAGAAAUAAUUAAGUUAGAGAAACCAUCAAAAAAGAGAUGGUUUUGUAGAAUAUUUUGCGUUAUUUUACAAUUCGGACCGGUACUUAGAUAUAUUGAUACUAUCUACUAUGGUUGUAAAUCUCGGAGAUCAAAAGGCAGAGAUAGACUUCGGGCAAUAGAUAUGAUGCUAUACGAGGAUGUUGAUGCCAGCAUGCUGAAAUUGUUUGAAUGCUUUCUUGAAUCUGCCCCCCAGUUGGUUUUUCAGCUUUAUGUAUUAACUCAAGUUUAUGGAACGGAUCACGUGAUUUUCAUGAUUGGACAGUUCUUCUCGAUUGUUCUCUCUAUUGGAUCUCUGGCUUGGUCUUUAACGGCUUAUUUUAGAGCUUUAAGAAUCUCACAGCCUGAACGCAAAUCAUCAGUUACUGAAUGCGGAAAUGCCUUUCCGGGUAUUAUCUUGCAGUUUGGUUGGCGUUAUUUUACAAUUGGAACUAGAGUAUUGGCAAUGGCUUUAUUUGCAUCAGCAUUUACAUGGUACAUUUUUGUCUUUUGCGGAGUUCAUUACGUCAUAGUACUGACUUGGAUUUUAUAUCAAAAUACGUCGUUUUUCCAAGACGAGAAGGGUGAACGAAGGAGAUGUGCAGAGUUUUUCUUCGAUGUUGUUGUUGCUUGGAUACACUUAUACUGCUUUUUCAAUGUUACAGAAGGCCACACGAGAUUAAGAUACGCAAUGUUCUAUACAUUAGUUUAUAUUGAAAAUUUAAUCCUUACAUUUUUUUGGUUUAUUUCAAGUCAAACCAAUGAUUUACCGUAUCAUUUACCUGCUCUAUUAGUAGUUGUAUUGGGAUUUUGGAUUGGAAUUACAUUCAUGCUCUUGUACUACUUAAGAUUUCAUCCAAAUGAUUAUCCAUUAGUGCACGAAGGUAAAAAGAUUCGCUGUUGGAUACCAUGUAGCGAAUUAAUACAUAACGAAAUGCAUGACGUACCAAUUCAAGAUCAUGGAGUGAAAAAGAAAGAUAGAGUAUCUAUAUCGGACGAUACAUCCGUUACGACAUUCGAACGUAGAGAGCGUAUAGACUAUACUGCUGUUUAG